GCCAAGGAUUCUUGCAUGAAACGACAACGAUAUAUUUAAUGAUUUGAUGACUAGGGAUUGUGGAGUGCCGGAAUGACUGUGGAAUUGCUGAAGGAAACGACAAUGAGAUUUGUAUUAUUUUGUUACUAGGGAUUGUGGCAUGAAGGCCAAGGACUGCUAAAUGAAACAACAAUGAGAUUUUUUAAAAUUAUUACAGUAUUUUGUUAUUAAUGAUUGUAGGCAUUCAUUCCAGGCUGAAAGAAAGAAGAAAACCCAGGCCUUUUCCUCUUAUUAUUUCCUUCUUUUUCCCCUCCCUCCCCUUUUCCAACCCUCUAAAUUUGGGACUCCCUCCUUGGCUUGAUCUCAAUAUUCCAGCCUACAUUCUGUUACAAUCCCAGCUUCUUCAGGAGUGGCAUUGCCUCUAAUGGAGAGUUUUCCCACCUUGAGAGCAGACUGCCGUUUGCUUUGUGGGCAUGUUUUUUGUCUCUCCCCCACAAUAAAGCUUAAAAAUCUUCAGGUGUGUGUGUGUGGAGUGUUCCUUGGCUUCCUCUCCAGCUCAUUGUGCUCUUUCCUUUUCUCUCUCCAGUGUGCUGUUCAGGUGAAACUGGAGCUUGGGCACCGAGCCCAGGUGAGGAAGAAACCCACCGUGGAGGGGUUUACUCACGAUUGGAUGGUGUUCGUUCGAGGACCCGAGCAUAGUAACAUUCAGCACUUUGUGGAGAAAGUCGUCUUUCACUUGCAUGACAGCUUCCCUAGGCCAAAAAGAGUGUGCAAAGAUCCACCGUACAAAGUUGAGGAAUCUGGGUAUGCUGGUUUCAUAUUGCCGAUAGAGGUUUACUUCAAGAACAAGGAAGAACCGAAAAAGGUCCGGUUUGAUUAUGACCUGUUCCUGCAUCUGGAAGGCCACCCACCUGUAAACCAUCUUCGUUGUGAAAAGCUUACUUUCAAUAACCCAACGGAAGAGUUCAGAAGAAAGUUGCUGAAAGCAGGAGGAAUCAUGGUAAUGUCAGAUGGAUCAUCAGCUGCUUCAGGGCAAAGUCUUCACCUCCCCAAUCUUUCCAGUAAUUCCUUGUCUUUUUCUGAAGUGAAGAAGAAAUCAUCUCAUGGGCCAAAGGACCCAAGUAAAAGUGUAAGCACUAGCAGCAGCAGUAGUAACAGUUUUUCAAAACCCCAUAAAUUAACAAAGGAGCACAAGGAGAAACCACCUAAAGACUCUAAAGAACAUAAAAGUGCCUUCAAAGAACCUUCCAGGGAACAUAUCAAAUCUUCCAAAGAAUCCUCUAAGAAACCCAAAGAAAACAAACCACUGAAGGAUGAAAAAAUUGUUCCUAAGAUGGCCUUCAAGGAACCCAAACCUAUGUCAAAGGAGCCAAAAUCUGAAAAUAACAUACUUAGCAUAACAGGUGGACAGCAACAAGACAAGAAGGCCCCUACAAAAAGGCCUCCUGGUAUGGAUUCUGAGGAUCUUGCAGCCAAAAAGAAGAAGAAAAGUGGCUCAGAAGCUUUAUUUAAAAGUUUUUCUAAUGCUCCCCCACUGAUACUUACUUGUUCCACUGCUGACAAAAGACAGACAAAGGAUAAAUCUCACUUUAAAAUUGGGAGAGUCAAAAUGGAAAGUGAGACACUGGAGAAGAAGAAAAAUAUGUUACCACCUUUUGAUGAUAUUGUGGACCCUAAUGAUUCCGACAUAGAAGAGAACAUGUCCUCGAAAUCUGACUCUGAGCAACCUAGUCCAGCCAGUUCAAGCUCGAGUUCCAGCUCCAGUUUUACACCAUCUCAGAACAGCCGACAACAAGGUCCUUUGAGGUCUAUAAUGAAAGAUCUGCAUUCUGAUGAUAAUGAAGAUGAAUCUGAUGAAGCAGAUGAGAAUGACAAUGACUCUGAGAUGGAGAGACAUUUAAAUACUCAUGGAGGAAACAGAGGUCGCAGGGUUAGUCUAAGUGAUGGAAGCGACAGUGACAGCAGUUCAGCAUCGUCCCCACUACGCCAUGAACCUCCACCAUUAUUAAAAACCAACAACAAUCAGAUUCUAGAAGUGAAAAGUCCUAUAAAACAGAGUAAAUCUGAUAAACAGAUUAAGAAUGGGGAUUGUGAUAAGGCAUAUCUGGAUGAACUAGUUGAGCUCCACAGAAGGUUAAUGACAUUAAGGGAAAGACAUGUACUGCAACAGAUUGUAAACCUUAUAGAAGAAACGGGACAUUUUCACAUCACAAACACAACUUUUGACUUUGACCUUUGCUCACUGGACAAAACUACAGUUAGAAAAUUACAGAGUUACCUGGAAACAUCUGGAGCAUCCUGAGGACAUAGCUCCUGGCUGCAUCAAAAACUGUGCUCUUUUUUUUAAAAAAAAGAAAUAAAACAUUCAGAACGGUGCAGCCAAAAUGGCGCAAAAAAUUCCCAACAACAACCAACUCUCUUCAGCUUUAUUUUUUAGUUAAAGCCAGUCGUCAUCUCUUGAUAAAGGAGAAGUAAAGUGACAAGCCUCAGAGGAUUGCUCUUCUCACCAAGGAAAUGCUCUGGAAGAGUUAGCCUGGAUAGCCUUGAAAAAACAAAAACACUUAAUGAAUGUGUAUGGUAUCAUGUAUCUCUCUGUGGUAUUCCAGGCCACAAGAUGAAUGCAUGUUCAACACACUGCCUUAUUACAUAACUGAUCUAUUUAUUAUUGCAUAUUCAUAUUCUAAAGUCCUUGAGGGAAUGACACUACCAGACGUUACAAGUUCUUGUGUCCUGUGUACGCUCCUUUGAUGCAGCACUACCAUCGUCACAACCCUUCUGACCUUGCUCUUGUUUCAAUGCCACUUUUUUCUGACCUCCUUCUAGUCUAUUUUACAACCCUAUCAUUUUGUUCCCAUUUCUGCAGUUCCCCUGAUGAGAUACCGAGUUGGGGAGGGGGGAGUGGAAAACGUGUGUGUGUGUACACAUAUGCACAGACAGUCUUCUGCAACAGCAGAACAGGCCCCCAGGCUGUAAUCCUAUAUUGAUCUUGGACAAUGAUAGGAAAUUCACCAGAUAGGAUCAUGACUUGCUUUAUAGCCUUAGUCAAUAAACCAGUAGAACGUUUAUUAAUGAAAAAAGUGUUACUGUAUACUAUUGUAACUCCGGAAUUGUUUUUGCCAUCAACAUUUCUGUGUCUGUUUUAUUGUUAGAUAUGUAUAAAAGUGAAAGCACUCUAGAAGUUUGCCAUAAAAAAGAGAAAGAGAGAGAGUUGGGAGAGAAAGAGAAACAUUUGUUCCAUUCUCUAUGGACAUACGUAUUGUAGAAAAUCCUUAAUUUGGAGCUAUUUAUUACUAGGAGUUCCAGCACUCAUCUGCCCAGAUGUGCAGUUCAAUUUUUUUGUUAUAAAAUUAUAGCAUAGAAUUAGUUCCUUUAUUCGUACAGUAUAUGCUCUGUUUAGAUCCUGGUUUCAGCCCUUUUUCUAUGUAAUAAGACAUUUUCAUUUAAGCAGUUGUUUAAUAACAACAUGUUGAGAAAUUGUUUCCAAAUUUCAGUACUUAUUCAGUACCCUAUAUUCAUUUAUAGUAGGACUGUCAACACAGCUAAAUAAAUUGUUUGGUUAAUCAUACUGAUUUCAAUUGAUUAACCAAUUAAAUUUGCACUAGUGUGCUUUAGUUUUUCAGUAGCCCUGAAAAAUAAGUCUGCUUUUGUUGUUUUUAGAUGAUUUACACAUGUAAAACAGCAGCUGCCAACUUAGAAUACUGAUUCUCAUGUGCUGGAGAAAGAGCUACAUCUCUAUUAAGAUGACCCCAGUCACCUUCAGUACUUGCUUAGGUUAUAUUAGAAAAUAAUUUCUUUCAAAUUAAAAAUCUAUGUGAGAGGUGGAGGCAUGCUUUGAACGUAUUUUUAAUCCAUUGGUUUAAAUGAUCAAUCAGUUUAAACAGCACUGCCCUAAUUUCCAGGAGUGUUUAUUUUCUGUUAAAACAAAAGAUAUUUUAGAAAUCCUUUACAGAAGAGAAAGGAUUUUUUUUUUGUUCAAGAAGGUAUUAAAAUCCAAAUUAAAAUCCUAAUUAAA